UUCCAAUCUUGCGCAGUAGAAUUUUAUCAAAAUAUUUCGGUGUCCGGAUGGAAAUCUUUAUUACUUUUUCAUCCUAAGGCUUCUAUUGCGUUGUGUGUAUUAUUUAAGAUAAAAUUCGGUGUUAAUUACAAAAGAAAAAUAGUAAUUCACUCAAUCUUGUAACUUGCCUCACUCCAGCUGUUUGUUAACUUUGGUGAGAGAGACUUUGCACUUUCACACACAUUAUACCAACUCCCCCACCGAAUUUCAAAAGCAGCCAAAUUGUAUUAAACUUUCAUUAUUAAGGAAAGCAAACGAAAAAAAAAGAAGAAAUUUUAGAAAAAAAAAAUCUAAUUUACUGUAUAUAAUGAAAAAAGUUAAUAGCCUGUGAAAAUGUCAAAAAAUAAAAAGGUGGAGCAAAUUAUCCGAAGCGAUAAAGUGUAUUCCUCCAGCGACAAGGAUAAUGCUGGUAAUAAAUCCACAUCAUCGUCGUCACCUUUGCAUCCGAUUGAGCAACAGGAAAAUCAACAACACUCCACCGCUAAUGCCAUCGAAGCUGAACAAUGGCAGCAGCAGCAGCAGCCAAGCAGUAUUGUUAAAAAUGCCAGUCAAGGAUCAUCACCAACACCACAACAACCACCUUCUGGAUUGGCAGCCACCGGAACACCAGAACACAUGCGUGGUGCUGCAACAAAGGAUAUGUUCGACUUAAUUGAAAGAGUUCAAUGCUCGCGGAUAGAUGAUCAGAGAUGUGUACUUCCGGCGUAUUUUUCUCAGCUCCCAUAUUGAACAUCAACUUUAGGGAAAUUAUAAAUUCUUAAAAAAUUUCACUUACCUGCCAAAGGAUAAUAAACUUUUCAAGCCAAAAAAAAAGGAACAUUAUGGAAGUUUCAUGGGACUCAAAACUAUAGAAAUUGAAAGUAAUAGGAUCGGCAUGAAUAAAUGAUGUGACUUUUCAUUUCAACAACAGCAUCAGUUAUUAAAUAGUAAAAUAACUAAAUUUAUUAUAUCUACAGUUAUAUUAUUAUUAAAUACAAAAAACAUUAUAAUAUUGUUUUAAAUAAUAAUAAAUUAAAGAAGGUAUAAAAAAAUGUUUAUGUAAAACUCAAAAAUGUAAGGAUAUCAAUAAUAAAAAAAA